AUGCUCUCAUCAUUCACUACAAAACUCGCCCUCAAAAAGGCUGGUAUACCAAGCGAUAUACUCUCCUUUCCCACUGAAAAGCGCGAGCCAAACAAACUCCGCAAAAACCCUCCUUCACCAUCCGAUAACGAUGCAGAUUCUAGUUGGGCAUCUUGGAUGUCUGUUCGGUCUCUGCCUCUGACAGUACAGCCGUGGCUAACGCCGCCUCCCGCUGCUGCAUCCGUCGGACGCGUACCUGGAAUCGGUGAUAAAGCACCCGUGGAUAAAACGCAGAAAUUAAGACUUGGGAAGAGGACCUUGGUGGUGUUUUUACGCUGUGUUGGCUGUGCAUUUGCGCAAAAAACCUUUAUAAAUCUUCGUACAAUGGCAAAUCGCUAUGGAGAUGCACUUACAUGUAUAGCCGUUUCGCACGCCUCAGAGCAAGCGACAAAGAAGUGGGUUGAUCUUCUUGGCGGCGCAUGGAGUGUACGUGUAGUAGUCGAUGAAGAUCGAGCUCUGUAUGCGGCAUGGGGAUUAGGUACGGGUAGUAUGUGGUAUGUCUUGAAUCCAUCUACGCAAGUGCAGAGUUGGAAAGAGACGGGGUGGUUGGGUGAGAAAGUAGCGGGUGCGAUACAGGGAAAGACGAAGCCCAAACCAAAGACUACCGUCCAAAGUGUCGGACCGGAAGAGGAUGAAGAAGAUGAGGGACCUUUGACGACCAUGGGAAACAAGUGGCAGGAAGCUGGUGCUUUUGCUGUAGAUGGAACGGGGACUGUUAUUUGGGGUGGGAAAGCUGCGAGGGCGGAUGAUGUUAUGGAACUUGAAGAUGGAGCGAGAAUUUUAUUAGCCUAG